AUGUUCAGCAUAUUGAAUCAUGAUUACUGCAGUCCUCGCUUACAGCCUCAGGAUAUCAUCGGCUCUGGAGAAAAGAUAUCCUUUGGCACGGAUGGCAGUCAUAAAGAGGGCAUAGAAGGCCAUGUCAAGCGCCCCAUGAAUGCAUUUAUGCUGUGGUCUCGUGGUCAGAGGCGCAAGUUGGCCCUGGAGAACCCCAGCAUGCAAAACACAGAGAUCAGCAAGCAACUGGGAUACCAGUGGAAACGCCUUACAGAAGCCGAAAAAAUGCCAUUUUUCCAAGAGGCACAGAGACUGCAGACCCUACACAGAAAGAAAUACCCGAACUAUAAGUAUCGGCCUCACUGGAGAGCUAAAGAGCCUCAGAGAUUGGGCACUUUGUUGCCUGCAGAUGCCUCUUCAAGAAAACUAUACAACUUGAUGCCAGGGAACAAGUACCAGUGCACAUUCAUAUACAGAGAGGACUGGACUAGGGCUGCACAGCUGUCCUCCAAGAGCCAGCUAAGCUAUUUACAGCCUGGGGACAUCCCCUUUCAGCACCGGACCUGUGCAGCAGCAGCAGGAGGAAGUGCAGCUGUAGCAGCAGCAGCAGCAGCAGCAGGAGGAAGUGCAGCUGUAGCAGCAGCAGCAGCAGCAACAGCAGCAGCAACAGUAGCCACAGCUCCUUUCUACCAACUGACAUCACCAGUGAACAAAACAGCAUAG